AUGGAGGUUAGCACCAAUCGCAAAUCAAAGCCAAAGGUAAUAAAAGGAAUAUGUAAGAAGAAUUCAUGUAAAAAAAGUAGUGACUUACAGAUUGAGGAAAGCUCUGAGAAUGGAAGUUUUAUUGAAGAUGAGAGAGGUGAUGAAUAUUGUAAAAAUAAUUUAAAGGAAGGACAAAAAAUCAAUCAAGAAUCUACCGAAAAUAAGAUCAGAAUAUACGCAGAUGGAGUAUAUGAUUUGCUUCACUUAGGCCAUAUGAGACAAUUAGAGCAGGCUAAAAAAAUGUAUCCGAAUACACAUUUAAUAGUAGGUGUUGCAAGUGACGAAGAGACCCACAGAUUAAAGGGAAGGACAGUACAGACUUUACAAGAAAGAACAGAAACAUUGAAACACAUUAAGUGGGUGGAUGAGAUAAUAUCUCCAUGUCCAUGGGUAAUUGAUGAGAAGUUUAUUGAAAAGCAUAAGAUAGAUUAUGUUGCGCAUGAUGAUGCACCAUAUGUUGCAAAACAAAAGAAGAGAGAUGAAGAAGAUUCAUCAAAUACUGAUUGCAAUAGUAGUGAAGAAAAACCAGUAAUAACAUAUGAUCAAGACGAUAUCUACGGAUGGCUUAAACGUUGUGGUAAAUUUAAAGCUACUCAAAGAACAAAAGGAGUUUCUACAACGGAUCUAGUUGUAAGAAUCCUCCAAAACUAUGAGGAAUAUAUAGAUAGAUCCUUGCAAAGAGGUGUAACCCCAGAUGAGCUAAAUAUUGGUUAUAUGAAAGCGAACCAAAUUCAAAUGAAAAAAGGCAUUCAAAGGUGGGGCGAAAAAGUUACUAAUGAAUUAACAAAAGUGACUCUCACUGACAGACCAUUAGGUAUUACGUUUGAUGAGAGUGUUGAUAAUAUUAGGAAUCAAAUUCACAAAUCUUUCGAUACCUGGAGGGAAGUUUCCAAAAAGUAUCUCGAAGGCUUUGCAAGAACAUUUGACCCGAUGAGAUCCUUAUUUAGAGAAAAUCGCAUUUCUGAAGGAGAAUCCCCUUCUUUUAAGUGA